GAGCAGCGUGCGGGGCACAUGGCAUGUCUGAUGGCAGCUUUCUCAGGGGGCGCCGCGCUGAAUGCCAGCAAUCCUUCAUCUGCUAUGCCUGAGCCAAAGUCGGUAUGUGUUUCGGUAGAUGAAGUGGUCUCCAAUGGCACAGAUGCGCAAGAUGUCCAUUUGCUAAAUUGUCACUUAAAAAAGCUGGACAAUGCUUUGACGGAAGCCCAUCGCUUCUCCUACCUGCCCAGGAGACCAGCGGUGAACAUUGAGUUUAAGGAACUCUCUUACUCUAUCCAGGAAGGACCAUGGUGGAGAAGGAAGGGUUUCAAGACUCUGUUGAAAGGAAUUUCAGGAAAGUUCAGCAGCGGAGAACUUGUGGCAAUUAUGGGUCCUUCUGGAGCAGGGAAGUCAACACUCAUGAACAUCCUGGCAGGAUACAGAGAGACUGGGAUGAAGGGAGAGAUCCUCAUCAAUGGACAGCCUCGUGAUCUGCGUUCUUUCCGCAAAGUGUCCUGUUACAUUAUGCAAGAUGACAUGCUACUUCCACAUCUUACCGUCCAAGAAGCCAUGAUGGUUUCUGCUCACUUGAAACUUCAAGAAAAAGAUGAAGGCAGGAGGGAGAUGGUAAGGGAGAUCUUGACAGCUCUGGGUUUGCUGCCGUGUGCCAAUACUAGAACUGGAAGUCUUUCAGGGGGCCAGAGGAAGCGUCUUGCCAUUGCUUUGGAGCUGGUGAACAACCCACCAGUUAUGUUUUUCGAUGAACCUACCAGUGGUCUAGACAGUGCAUCCUGCUUUCAAGUUGUAUCGCUAAUGAAGGCUUUAGCCCAGGGAGGCCGAUCUGUCAUCUGCACUAUACAUCAGCCCAGUGCCAAGCUCUUUGAGCUCUUUGAUCAGCUCUAUGUUUUGAGCCAAGGGCAAUGCAUUUACCGUGGGAAAGUGUUAAACCUCGUCCCAUACUUGAGAGAUUUGGGUUUAAGCUGUCCAACCUACCACAAUCCAGCAGAUUUUGUGAUGGAGGUUGCCUCUGGUGAGUAUGGAGACCAGAACAACCGGCUAGUAAGAGCAGUCCAAGAUGGAAUGUGUGAUGCAGAUUACAAGAGAGACUCUGGAGGAGAAAGUGAACUUAAUCCUUUCCUGUGGCACAGACCAUCUGAGGAGGAUUCUUCAUCCACAGAAGGUUGUCAUAGUUUUUCAGCCAGCUGCCUUACUCAGUUCUGCAUCUUAUUUAAAAGAACUUUUCUCACUAUAAUGAGGGAUUCGGUCCUAACGCAUCUACGAAUCAUGUCACACAUUGGAAUUGGACUCCUCAUAGGACUGCUGUAUUUGGGCAUUGGAAAUGAAGCAAAGAAAGUCCUAAGCAAUUCAGGCUUCCUCUUUUUCUCCAUGUUGUUUCUUAUGUUUGCUGCUCUCAUGCCAACAGUCCUUACAUUUCCUCUUGAGAUGGGUGUAUUUCUUAGAGAGCAUCUGAAUUAUUGGUACAGUCUGAAGGCCUACUACUUAGCAAAAACAAUGGCUGAUGUCCCUUUUCAGAUUAUGUUUCCUGUAGCUUAUUGUAGCAUUGUGUACUGGAUGACAUCACAACCAUCCGAUGCUCUGCGAUUUGUCCUGUUUGCAGCACUGGGAACAAUGACAUCACUAGUGGCUCAGUCUUUGGGACUUUUGAUUGGUGCAGCUUCCACCUCACUCCAGGUGGCAACAUUUGUAGGUCCUGUUACAGCAAUCCCAGUUCUCCUCUUCUCAGGAUUCUUUGUCAGCUUUGAUACCAUUCCAGCUUACCUUCAGUGGAUGUCCUACAUCUCAUAUGUCAGAUAUGGGUUCGAAGGUGUAAUUCUUUCAAUCUAUGGCUUGGAUCGUGAAGAUCUCCACUGCGAUGAAGAAACUUGUCACUUUCAAAAAUCAAAGGAUAUUCUUCGAGAGCUGGAUGUAGAACAUGCAAAGCUAUACUUGGAUUUCAUUGUGCUUGGCAUUUUCUUCAUAGCCCUACGCCUCAUUGCCUAUUUUGUCCUCAGAUACAAAAUCCGAGCGGAGAGGUAGAAAGAAAGCAAAUGUAUUGAACCUACAGGGGGAACAUUAUUCAUGCAGUUGUGGACUAUUGUUAUUGUCUGAUUGUGGCAGACAAGUUUCCAGAGCCUGGUUGCAAAUAAUUUUGUGAUCUAGCCCAUAGAAAACUAUAUAAUAUUGAAUUUAGUGGAUGCCUACUUAUGGUAAUCAGUUGGGUUAGAGGUUUUUGUUGUUGUUGUUGUUAUUCUGCCUGACUAUCUUGGAAGAAGAACUAGAAGGGAAUUUUAAAAUGCUGUUUUCAAUCCGAAAAAGUGUCACUACUGAUCACAGGAACUUUCAUGAAAACUUUCUUGGAAGCUAGCUAAAAUCCUGGCAGCCAAGUGGAAAAUAGCUAGCGAUCUUUCAUCUCUAUUCUGUCAACAACCUACUGGAAAUGUGAAGAAUGUAAGAUCAUCUCAUCCUUUUGCACCCAGCUUUCAUCAUUGCAAGUUUCCUGCAUUUUCUGCAAGUCCCACCCCCUCCAUAAAAUUCUCCAUGAAAGUGGAAAUCCACAAACCCUUCAAACUUUAACAAAAUGUUUUUUUUAAAGGAAUGGAUAUUUUAAAGAUUACAGGUAAAUCGAUUCUUCUUUACAUGCAGAGCUCUGGAGCUUUAUUUUAUGAGCUGGUCUCAUACUCCAAAAAUUGUAAUAUGAAAAUAAAAUGACAAAUUUAUAGUAAAUGCUGUAAAAUAAUUACAGAGCACAGAAAACAUUUCUAUGAGUUGUCCAUAAAUAACUCCUUACAGCAUUUAGAUAAUUCCUUAUAGCGCACUGCUUUUGCAAUGUUCUUCAGUUUUCUUGUGGUAUUUGAAAGAUUUUAUUGUCUAAAUUAACUACCUCCCAUGAAUGUAGAAGCUAAGAAUUCCAGUUCUCACAAAAUCAGAUCUCAAAUCACAUUUGAAUGUUUUAAGGAAUAUUUUUAAGGACUGUUAGUGGUUCAAAUUUAAGAAUGUUUGUGGAAUAGUAAAAAAAAAAGUAGUAUCUGCAAUGUCUUUGUUAUUAUCUCUUUUUUUGCAACCUCAGCUUCACACACCAAAAUGAAUGAAUUCUGUUUUCUGUCAGUCCUCCUAACAUUUUUUCUCUUAAAAGUUGUUAAUUCAUACUCGCUGCAGUCUAGCGUACAGUGAGGUGCUCAUAAACCCACUGAAAUCAAACCAUGUAAACAUACCUAGAUUGGUCUAAAGAAUAAUUCAUCCAUUUUGUCACCCAUUUACUUUCUUUCCAAGUCAAGUCAGUAUCAUAAACCUGACGUUGAAUGAUCAGAAGAGGCUAUAUUCUGAUUUCAGCAACUAGUGCCUCCAUGUAUUUUAGUAGAAUUUAGUUGUAUUUGUGUUGUUACAUAGCAAUUUAAAUGUAAUAGUUAUUCACAUAAUAAACAUUGUUGGAGAAAAAUCAAACCUGGUAAAGAUCCAAAAGUCACAUCAAGCUCAAAGCAUUCGGAUUGGGAAGAUGCUGACAUGCUGUUUUCUGUGGGUGACCCAGUGAAAGAACAGGUUAUUUUAGGCACCUGAGCAAGAUCUCUGAACUCCCACACUGACUUUUCUAUCUGAUAAGCCUGUAGGUGAGCUACACCCUGGUAAAGGGGGCCGUGGUAUGUUCUAAUACA